CUCCCCUUCCACUGACGGUGCGUUCCCGUUGUCCCCGCAGCGGCGGGAGCCAUGGAGAUGCAGUCGUACUACGCGAAGCUGCUGGGGGAGCUGAACGAGCAGCGCAAGAGGGACUUCUUCUGCGACUGCAGCAUUAUCGUGGAGGGGAGGAUCUUCAAAGCGCACAAGAACAUCCUGUUCGCCAACAGCGGAUACUUCCGAGCGCUCCUCAUCCAUUACAUCCAGGACAGCGGGAGGCACAGCACCGCCUCGCUGGACAUUGUCACCUCCGAGGCCUUCUCCAUCAUCCUGGAUUUCCUUUACUCCGGGAAGCUGGAUCUCUGUGGGGAAAACGUUAUCGAGGUGAUGUCUGCAGCCAGCUACUUGCAGAUGACCGACGUGGUCAACUUCUGCAAGACCUACAUCCGCUCCUCGCUGGAUAUCUGCAGGAAAAUAGAGAGGGAAGCGGCUUUCUAUCAGGCUGAUAGUGGGAGCACCGGGUCUGCCAGAGAGGGCACCUCCUUCAGCUCCAAGAGCCAGUGCUCUGCCUCUGUGUCCUCCCUGCAGGAGAAGGAAGGGAUUUCGGAUUGCCAGCAGGACCCUCCGUGCGGCGAGUGCAGUGGUUGCCAUCCCCUGGAGCUCGUGGUCCGGGACCCCAUCAGCAGCGACUCCCCGGACGAUGUCAACUCCUCACUGCCCAAAGGGGUGGAACCCAAGGUGGAGUUUGACUCGGAUGAGGUGGAGGUUGAGGUGGAAGCGGGUGAGCGGCUGCCGCAGUAUCCGACCCCGCUGUCCCUGGAGCAGAUGGAAGAGGGGCUGCACAGCGGGCAGGCCAUGGACUUGGCCUGCAAUAACUAUCACAUGAAACAAUUCCUCGAGGCCCUGUUGCGCAACAGCUCGGCUCAGAGAAAGGAGGACGUGGUCCAUCACUUUGUCCGGGGCUUUGAGGGUAGGCCAGAGGAUGCAGGGGUGGCAGUGAGCUCCAUGAUGGACAUUCACAGCGACUGGUAUGGUGAGGACACAGGUGACGUGUUAGUGGUGCCCAUCAAGCUUCACAAAUGCCCGUUCUGCCCCUACACAGCAAAGCAGAAAGGAAUCCUGAAGAGGCACAUCCGCUCCCACACGGGUGAGCGGCCCUACCCCUGCGAGACCUGCGGGAAGCGCUUCACGCGCCAGGAGCACCUCCGGAGCCACGCUUUAAGUGUGCAUCGAUCAAACAAGCCAAUCAUCUGCAAAGGCUGCAGGAGAACCUUCACAAGUAGCCUGUCGCAAGGGUUGCGGCGCUUCGGCUUGUGCGACAGCUGUACCUGUGUGACCACCACCCACGAGGACUCGAUGCCCAUCAACCUCAGCCUAAUGGAGCAGUCAUCAGAAGGCCAAGAGAAAGGUGAUGCCGAUAACGACUGGCCUAUAUAUGUGGAGUCUGGAGAGGAAAACGAUCCAGCCGAUGAUGAGGAUGCUGAUGGUGAUGACAAGCAGGAGAUCCACAGGAGCUUGUCAGACCGAGAAACACUUAUGUAGCAGUGAGAGGAGAAUGGGAGUGUUUGAAGCGUCUCUGUGACAGUGGUCAGUCUGUGACACAAGACUGAGUAUUUGCCCAGUUAGUGAGACUGUGCUGUUUUUUAUCAUUCCAUUUUUUAAUAGAAAGUGGGGAGAAUUGGAAUUUUUAAUACUUUUCAGUGCUGUGCACCAGAAAUCUGUGAAGAAUCUGCUGCCUGGGGUUCAUUGAGGUUGUACUUGAGCAAUCUCCAGUGGUGUCUCUGCCUCCUAGUCUUGAUUUUAUGGGUGGAACAUCUCUGUGUGUUUUGAUAACAGGUCUCUUCAAAUAAUGCUGUCACGGUCCUUAAUCCCUGAUCUGAAAGGGGCCCCAUCUCCUCUCUGAAGAUCACAUUAAAAUGAGUGUGUUUUUCACCCAUCAUCUUGGACCAUUUCUAAGCUAAGUCGCGAUCCUUUUGUAGUAGGACAGUAUUCUCCAAAUUGUAAAGGUUAAGGGUUUAUUUAGAGUGGAUUUGACCUGGAAACCAGGGCAGACACCCAGGAGAACAAAACCGUGCUGCUGCUGAGAGCAUAGACAGUAAGAGUACAUACAUUUCAUCUGACCUUAACUUUGCAGGUAUUUAGAAAAGAAGCGUCUCCUUCUCAAUUGCUUUUACUGCAGCUUCCUCUCUCAAGAGCUCAGCCUCCAGAGCUUCAGAUGUGUGUCUGAUGUUGUUUAGACUUUGGUAGUCUUGGCUUAAGCACACGUUAUGGUGUUGUGUGUCCUGGUCUUUCCAUUUAGAUUGAGUGAACUGCCCAGUUCUCUUCAGCUUUUCAUGGUAGAAGUGGAAAGCUGUCAGUCAGGUCCUGUGGGAAUUGAGGUGGUGGCAGAUGAAGUAGCCACAUUCACCACUGGUGUAGCUGAGGAGUAGUUAAAUAUAAAUGUCUGAGCUGUGUGUAUAAAAGAGCUCUGAUGACCCUUUUUGAAGCUGUUGGGUAGGAAACCUCAGAGUUUUUUACUAGUCUCUUUGUACGCAAAUCCUUUUCUUUCUCUUUUACUCUAUUUUCUUUCAGUCUUUGAUGAUCCUUCUCAUGGUUUAUGUUAUUGUGUGAAUUUAUCCAAGUAUUUGUGUUGUUUUGUUGUUUUAAACAAAACCCUCUGGUGUAGACCUCCUGCUUCUUUGCUGAGAUAGAUAAAGGCUGGUUUCCAAAGGAGGUGAGAUCUUCUUUACCUUUCCAGUAGCAAACUGAUAAAAACUAUUCAAGAUCAAGCUGGGAGGCUUUAGAAGAAAACACUCCACCACCAGAAAGCCUGUUUGCUUACAGAUAACCUCCUGUUUCCUAACGAAGAGGCAAAACUGAAAUAUACUGUGAAAUAAGACUGUUAA